AUGAUACCUUGCUCUAAUGAUGUCCUUCAUAUGACGGACGAAAGCUUAGCACCUUUUCACCGCGAUCGAAGGAGAUUGCCUCGGAAACAGCGUCAGCAUGAAUCUUCCAGUAAAGCCAAUCGACAGCUGGUCGACAGGAAUCCGCCGUCGUCUUCUGGUGGAACCGACCUUCGAAUCUCUUCACCCAACACUUUCACUCGAAAUGGCUGGUCAAGAGGGAUUCGCCGUCGUCUUCUGGUGGAACCGACCUUCGAAUCUCUUCACCCAACACUUCUACUCGAAAUGGAAUCCGCCGUCGUCUUCUGGUGA